GAUAAAGACAAGGGCGAAGUUUAUGGGAUUGCGCAUUUGGACGCCAAAAUAAUGUGAAACGCACAAAACAACACGGCUCCUCUUCUAAUGUAUAAUGUAAGACAUUCAAAAAUCCAGAAAUUGGUGACCACCCUUCUCUUUCACCUUCCGCCACGCCCCGGUGGUUGGUGAUCUCUUCUUCUUCCCCAUUGACUCAUCAGGAUUAAGGAGGGGGAAACUUGGGGCCUAUAAUGGAAACUAGAUCGGAAAAAUUUUCUGUGGAUUUCCUGAUGGGAGGAACAGCAGGCAUUUUUGCAAAAAGUGCUGCAGCACCAAUUGAGCGAGUAAAGCUUUUGUUGCAGAAUCAAGGAGAAUUAAUGAAGAGGGGUCAACUUAAGAGACCAUAUGUGGGAAUUGGUGAUUGCUUUCAAAGAGUUUUGCGAGAGGAGGGUUUUUUGUCAUUGUGGAGGGGAAACCAGGCCAAUGUUAUAAGAUAUUUCCCAACUCAGGCUUCCAACUUUGCUUUCAAAGGUUACUACAAGAACCUCUUUGGAUAUUCAAAAGAGAAAGAUGGAUAUUGCAAGUGGUUUGCAGGCAAUGUGGCUUCCGGUAGUGCUGCUGGAGCAACUACUUCCAUGCUCCUUUAUCACUUGGACUAUGCAAGGACUCGGCUGGCAAUGGAUGCUCAGGAUUGUCCACUUAAUGGUAAACGCCAGUUUAAGGGGCUAAUAGAUGUUUAUGGUAAGACAUUGUCAAGUGAUGGAAUUGUUGGCCUCUAUCGGGGUUUUGGGGCCUCAAUUUUGGGAAUAACCCUGUACCGAGGCAUGUACUUUGGGAUCUAUGACUCCAUGAAGCCAAUUAUUUUAGUUGGACCCUUACAGGACAAUUUUCCUGCCAGUUUCAUGUUGGGUUGGAGCAUAACCACUUUCUCUGGGUUGUGUGCCUACCCAUUUGACACAGUCCGCAGAAGAAUGAUGCUAACUUCAUUGCAAGCAACAAAGUAUAGGAAUUCCAUGCAUGCACUCCGCGAAAUUAUACGCAUUGAGGGUUUUGCUGCACUUUUUAGAGGAGUAAGUGCAAAUAUGCUUUAUGGUGUGGCAGGGGCUGGAGUACUUGCAGGGUAUGACAAAUUACACCAAAUUGUAUAUAGACCUGCUUAUAGUUUUGAGUCUCAGAGAGCCUUCAACAAAUAACAGCUUUGCUAUGAAUACUGUCUGUAUAUGUAUAUAACCCUAUUUUUGAUGCAUGUGGAGGGUGAGAUGUUAAUAGAAGCAGAGGCGUACAAGAGCAUUCAUUUCACCAACAGUAAUGAACAAAAAAGAGAGCACCUACAUGCAGGCUGCUUGCGCACAAAUGUUAUAGCUCCGUGAAUAUGAAGUUCAUCAUUUGUGCUACUGUAGAUUACUUGGUUAGAUGCUGUGGACCAUUUGAACAGAAUAAUGAAGUGCACAGUGGCAUACACAAUUACACCGUGUAGGAGACUUGGUUGCAUCAGACAGUUGCCUCUCCCCUCUUUACUUUCUUAUUUUGAAGCUUGGCAAGAGUUCCCCUGUGCAUAUACAAGAGAAAUCAAGGCAGAAGUAAUGAAAGGGCCUCCAUGCUGUAUUUUCUGUACAGUCCAUUCUAGAUUUUGUUUUCUUUCUUUUUUACCCCGGACUCCCGGUGGAAUUAACCAUUGAUACUAUAGGCUUUUCUUUUUCUGUAGACAAAUAUGUUGAAAGUGCAAAUAGUAGAUAAAUUCACCUGUAUAAAUGCAUAGAUUUUCUUGGCAUGAUAUGAUUGUUACUUGGUGUUAGUAUCUUCACUUUUGUAA